AUGUCUUCGACGUCGAGUGGAAGCCUGGUUCAUGCCCUGAGACAGAACUGGCUGGGCAAGACUGCUAUCGCGGUGCAAUCAUUUCUGCUGGCGGUUGCUUUUGUGGUUGUUGGUCUACGGGUAUGGACACGGCGAAGGCAACGGGUCUCGCUACAAGGGAAUGACUGGUUCAUUCUUGCAGCUACGGUCGUCAUGCUGGGACGUUAUAUUGUCGAGCUUCUUCUCGUUUUACUCUGUGGAAUGGGAAUCCAUACGGAUGAAGUCGUCCGUCUUGGUGGAUCUGAGACCUUAGUACGCUUCAACAAGCUUACAUAUGUGGGAGAGCUUCUUUGGGUUACCGUGGUGGCCCUCGUCCAGCUAUCCAUACUACACUACUACUUCCGCCGGUUCCAGCAACCGAUCAUUAUGAGGCUGACCUGCGUUUUAAUCGGUCUAUGCUCCAGCCUUUGGAUUGCAAGUUUGCUGGCAAAUGCGUUCCUUUGCACACCACCGCGAAAGGUCUGGCUGGCCAGCGAAGAGCCUGAGGGCGCCUGCGGCGAUCGCAAAAUGCUACACACUGGCUGUGCAGUGAGCGAGCUUAUCCUCAACAUCUUCAUCCUUCUUCUCCCUAUACCGAUUCUUCGACAUAUGAAAUUCUCACGGAAGGGGGGGAUUUCUCUGGCCAGUACUUAUGUCCUGGGUCUAGUCAUCAUCGGUCUCUCGGCACUCCGUGUCGACACCAAACUGUUCCUCAUUUCAAAAGACUCAACCUAUGGUUCAGCCCCGGAGUCUCUGGUGUCGAGCAUCGUGACUCUCUUGGGUAUCAUUGCCGCCUGUCUCCCGGUGCUGGCACCGGCUAGCCAACGGGUAACCGGGACGCCAGAAUGCAAAUUAAUAUCCGAAUCCCCAAGGCCAGAUCCCGCCACUACCAGAUAUUGGAAAGCAACAGUAUCAGGCGGGCAGAUGGAGGAGCCGGAAAUCCCCCUUGUUACGGUCACGCAAGCACCGGUGGGGAAAAGGCCCGGGUUCAACGAGUGGGCUCUGGGGCAGAUCAAAAUCACAUCGGAUUGGGAGAUUCAUUCGACGCGGAAUUCCGCGCGGCUGGAUAAGGAUUCUAUUCGUCGUGGUUGA